ACCAUGCACCUGUUGCCUGGUGAAAGUACACGCAGGGACGCUACAUAAGACAAGAGCUGACUGGGGACAAUAAAAGCGCAUGAUAAGGAGACUCGGGCUCUUCUUGAGCGAAGUGACAGCACAGGCAGAGAGCGGCCACAGCUCAGCGGUCAGACCUGCGCAUCCACUUGUUGAGUUCACAACAGUUCACCGUCGCUCUAUUUAAAGAGGCAGCGACAUGGCACGCGCGCUGGUCAGACGGGAGUCAGUGGAAACGGAGAUGCACAAGUCCGAAGACACAACAAAAACCUUCGUGUACACCAAGAAGAGGGGCUACGAUGUUACUCGAAACCCCCCCUUGAACAAGGGUAUGGCUUUCUCCCUGGAGGAGCGUCUCCAGCUGGGGAUCCACGGCCUGCUACCUCCCUGCUUCGUCAGCCAGGACGUCCAGCUGCUCCGGGUGCUCAAGAACUUCGACAUGAAGAGAGACGACCUGGACAGAUAUGUGUUUCUGAUGGGGCUCCAGGACCGCAACGAGAAACUGUUCUAUCGGGUGCUAAUGUCAGACAUCGAAAGGUUCAUGCCCAUCAUCUACACCCCCACUGUGGGCCAGGCCUGCCAGCAAUAUGGCCUGAUAUUUAGAAGACCGAGGGGGCUGUUCAUCACUAUUCAUGACCGAGGCCAUAUUGCCACGCUGCUCCAGAAUUGGCCAGAAAAGGACGUCAGGGCGGUGUGUGUGACAGAUGGAGAGAGGAUCCUGGGGCUGGGAGACCUGGGCUGCUGUGGUAUGGGCAUCCCGGUGGGCAAGCUGGCCCUCUACACAGCCUGUGGAGGUGUGCCGCCACAGCAGUGCCUGCCUGUCAUGCUGGAUGUGGGCACAGACAAUGAGACACUAUUGAAGGACCCUUUCUACAUUGGGCUGAGACAUAAGAGAGUGCGGGGCCAGGCCUAUGAUGACCUGCUGGAUGAAUUUAUGAAGGCUGUGUCGGACAGGUAUGGAAUGGACUGUCUGAUUCAAUUUGAGGACUUUGCAAAUACUAAUGCUUUCCGGAUGCUGAGCAAAUACCGCAACAAGUACUGCACAUUCAAUGAUGACAUCCAAGGUACUGCUGCAGUGGCAGUAGCUGGACUCCUGGCUGCGCUCCGCAUCACCAAGAGCAAAAUGUGCGACCAUACUGUUGUGUUCCAAGGCGCAGGGGAGGCAGCGAUGGGGAUUGCUGAGCUGAUCACCAUGGCCAUGGAGAAGGAGGGACUCCCUAAAGAAGAGUGUAUGAGAAAAAUCUGGAUGGUUGAUUCCAAGGGUCUCAUUGUCAAGGGUCGAGACCACCUGACUCAUGAGAAGGAGAGGUUUGCUCAUGAGCACCCGCAGAUGAGGAAACUGGAGGAUGUGAUUCGGGAACUGAAACCCACAGCUAUCAUUGGUGUGGCGGCGGUUGCUGGAGCCUUCACCGAGCAGAUCAUCAAAGAUAUGGCCUCCUUCAAUGAACGCCCAAUCAUCUUUGCCCUCAGCAACCCAACCAGCAAAGCAGAAUGCACUGCUGAGCAGUGUUACACACUCACAGAGGGGCGGGGUAUCUUUGCCAGUGGCAGCCCAUUUGACCCCGUCACCUUCUCUGAUGGGAGGACGUUCUACCCUGGUCAAGGGAACAACGCCUACAUCUUCCCCGGUGUGGGCCUGGGUGUCACCGCUUGUGCCAUCCGACACAUAACUGAGGAAAUUUUCCUUACUGCAGCAGAGGCUCUUGCUCACUUGGUGACAGAGAAGGACCUGGCAGAGGGAAGGUUGUACCCACCUCUCAGCUCCAUCAGGGACGUCUCUCUCAAACUGGCCCUCAAGAUCAUGGAGUACGCCUAUGAACACAACAUGGCGACACUUCGCCCCGAGCCGUCCGACAAAGAAGCAUAUUUGCACUCACUCACCUAUAGCACUGAUUAUGAUGAGUUUGCUGUGGACUCGUACCGCUGGCCAGAGGACAGUAUGACUGUGCAGUCAUGCAAACUUUAAUGCACUGGACAAUGCACAAGACAGAUUGAGCCCUGGAGGAGCGUGGUAACUACUGACAGGCAAUAUUAUCACAAGGCGUGAUGUUGGGAUAUAAAAGAGGUGGUGUGUAGAAUUUUCUCAUUGAUAUAUAUAACUGUGAAAUUAAUGGUGAUGACACAUGUAGAGUUAUUGUAUGUGUUUGAUGUCUCCCUCUCCAGUAGUGAAAAGCAGUUUAUGAACUAAUUUAUAAAUCAGUGAAAGGAACUGAUAAACUGAUAAAACGUGAAACAGAAAGCAGUUUGCAGGAAUAUUGCACUAAUGGUUGUUACCAUAUUACAUUUUCCGAUAAUAUAUUUUUGGAAAGUCCUUCACGGGGUACUUUUAGUUGCACUGUAAUAGGCAGUUACUUUAUGACUGUGUCAGCUGUGAUCCAACAACUCUUUGUCUAAUAAAAUGGUUUUGGUGAAUGUU